AUGACUGGCGGUAAAUCUGGUGGCAAGGCCUCUGGCUCCAAGAACGCUCAAUCCCGAUCCUCCAAGGCGGGUCUCGCAUUCCCUGUCGGUCGUGUCCACCGUCUGUUGAGAAAGGGCAACUACGCUCAGCGUGUCGGUGCUGGUGCUCCAGUCUACUUGGCUGCCGUCCUCGAGUACCUUGCAGCUGAAAUUCUCGAACUUGCCGGCAACGCCGCUCGUGACAACAAGAAGACGCGUAUCAUUCCUCGUCAUCUCCAACUUGCCAUCCGCAACGAUGAAGAGUUGAACAAGCUUCUCGGACACGUCACAAUCGCCCAAGGUGGUGUCUUGCCCAACAUUCACCAGAACUUGUUGCCAAAGAAGACCGCAAAGGGCAAAUCCAGCCAAGAGCUAUAA